AUGACGAAGUGGUUUGUCACCCCUUCUCAACUUCUGACCAUCUCACUACUGGCCACUACCUCCCCUUCUCGAACAAUGACCGAAACCGCCUUCUCUGGGUAUCAUCACCCUGAGAUCAUCUUCGACAUUAUCGACCACGCUGACUACGCCUGUUUCCCCGCCUUGCGCUUGACAUGCCGCUUCAUCCGCGCACACAUCGACUUGAAGCUGCAAACGCACAUCGUUCUGAAGCGCACAGCGUUGGGGCAGUACCAUCUUGCGUCCCGGCUUUUGCGGCUCUGGAGCAUGAACUGGAACGCGAAGUGGAGCUACAACGUUAAUUGCAUCGAUUACCUUGUUGACGACGAGGAGGAGGGCAUAGGUCUUGACGAGACAGACGUCAAGCGCGAGCUUGUACCGGCAAGUGUCAAGAUUGUUCGCACGAUACCACUGCGGUUCAAGGCAGACGGGCCCGAUCAGUGGCCUGAGCUCUGUAAUCCCAUCACCACGAUAUAUCGGUAUCCGCAUUGGACGAGAGGACACAUGACAAGAGUUCACUGCGGGGACGAAGCAGUCCGCUCCAGCCGUCCAAUACUCGUUCUCCGAGCUCCGCUCGACGCAACAAUCGACAUCGUAUACAACGAGCACUGGGAUAGUGCCGAGCUCUGCAUCCUUCCCUGCGACGCUGAACCGCUACCCAUUGCAGUCGGCGGUUUGCAGAGUCUACCCAUGAUCAGCAUGCUGGCUCAACUUCUAAGCAAGUCAACUGAGAAUGGCACAACCUGGACCGUGGUAGGAACGGAGCACUGGGAUGACCUUGUGAACGUCCAGAACGACGACAGGAAGAGCUGGGCCGAGCGACUGCUCACUGCCGCGGUCUCCGCGCGCACCCACAACCCCAGUCCUGCUGACUUUUGGGAUGUCAAUGGUAUGCUCACCUUCCUGACGACGGACGCUUGGCAGGAAGGGCCCGGGAAGAAGCUCUGGCACCUCGUCGAUACGGUUCACGACGACUUGGACAUCGGCGUCGACAACUGA